GCUUGCAAAAAUGCUGCCUUCUUAGAACGACGACGCUUUGUCCUUGUGAAGAGUACAAGCUGACGCAAGGAAUGGUCAGGGAAGAUAUGCGUGCGUCAACGGACAUGCUUGUGUAAAGUCCCAUUAGGCGGACACGGUAUGAUAUGAAUGGUAUAUCUUUGAUGCUGUUGCACACGGCUUUACGUCUCCAACUGAGACAGUCUGAGUUGCCCCUUUCUUCUGAGCGAACGCGGCCAAGUGGUGGCUAAGAUGGACGAGCUUCCUGCAGAACUGAUCGGGCAUCUCUGCCUAUUCUUUGACAAAGCAUCCUUGCGCGCUCUGCGCCUUACCAGCCAUGUGUUUGCCGCCAUUGCUGAGAAGCAUCUCUUCAAAGACCUGGAGUUCCGUCUCUAUCCAAACCAUCACCGCAUGUAUCAAUUUGAACAAUUGGCGGCCAACGCCUCGAUAGCGGCUCGUUUGAGAUGUGUAACGUUUGAGUCUGGCGUCCAGCUUGAAUAUGCUGAUUAUAAAUAUUGGCAAGCGCAAGUAUACAAUGACAAGAGCCGUGCCUGGGAGAGAGGCUUGGCCACCAGAGGAGCAACACGCGACGAAUAUCUACUAUUUCAUGAGACCCUCCAAUCUCGCUUCACCACCGACGUUCUCCAAAGAUAUGACCUGUUCCGGUGGCAUCUUGAUCAGCAGGCAGCUUUGGUGGCUGAGCAAAACGUUAAGAAUAACCUUGUGCGAACGCUCAACAACCUCAAGCAAUCUUCGCCAGGCUUGCGCUUCAAGCUGGUCAUGGCAGAGCCUCAGAUUGAGCUCGAAGAUCUUGAGGCUUUCAAACCAGAGGAAUAUGAGAACGACAAGCCAUACGAUCCCGAUCCGCGCCGACGAGUCGCGAAUCGACGGCAACACUGCCUCGAUCAUUUCAUCAAUUUCCUUGAUGCGGCAAACCUGUCCCAUUUUGAUGUCGAUGAAGUCACAGCUUUUGACAUACCUCACCAGUUAUUGACUAGCGGUGGCCAACAUAACAAUCAAGUUCUAGAAGAAACAUUUCGCAGCUUGAGAAGGCUUGACAUGAAAAUCAGUGCUUUUCCACAUAGCGAUUGGCUUUCUCGACUUGGGACAAACAGUAUAUAUGUCGGUGGCAGGAAUAGUGCAGCUUGGAGGUUGAAAAUGCUAUUGAACCAGUCAUCGAAACUCGAAGAGUUGGCUCUUGAGUUUCCUGCUGGUAUGGAGUCUGAGUACUCCUUUGAGCUCUUCGACAGGACAAAUCUUGAUCGCUUUCCACGCUUGUGGCUGCCGCAUCUUAAUUCUCUGGUUUUAUGCAAAUUUCAAUGUUCUUGGGGGGAUCUUGAGGCAUUUCUUGAUGAUGCAGGGAACGUCAAGUGUCUUGUGAUGAAGGAUUGUCGGCUGGAGAGUGGCUCAAUGCUCGACCUGCUUGAUUAUUUCAACAAAAGGCGCGUGCCACAGGUCGAGCUCCGUGGUGCUUGGUUUGUCGACGAGGAUUCGGGAGAAUGGCAUAGCCAUACUGAGGACGACUUCACCGCUUGCUCUGCGGCAAUUUCUUUCGAAGGGCCUUACGCUCGCUGCGGAAUGAGGUCGCAAGUAGCUGACUACAUUCGGGGCGCGUCAGGAUGUCCAUUGACGCGCUGGACGACGGAUUCCGACUCUCAGUCGGAGUGGGAAACCACGAGCGAUACAAGUUGGCAUUAUAUCAGGAUGACAGGACAACCUUUCCAGUGAAGGUCACCGGACUGCCAUCAACAUGGAUUAGAUGCAGGGCCACCGCCUUUCGCAAAGAAACACCUGAAUCGGACUCACGAUGUCGCACACCCAUCCACAAGUUUCAUCCCACAAUAUCAGUGAAUCAACCAUUGACUCUACCAGAUUCAUUGACCACCUCUUUACCCUCAACCGCUCAAAAAAGCACCAUGCCACCUGCGCCAGCCACCAUGAACAACGCACAAGCAAUGAUGCCUAGGCGACGGGUCCUCUUUGAGGUCAAUUUGGGCAGACGCAGAGUUAUGGCUAUGACGGCCGACUUUUUGACAGACCAAGAGUGGAGGGGACUCAGGCGCUGGCGGCAGUUUAUAUUUCUGGUGCACAGCUUCAACCGUGGACUGUUGAUAUUGGUGCCCAUCGUAUUGGCACGCUGGAUUGCGCAUCGCCUGUUCUAGAGGAGAACCACGGGAGCGAACGAACAAGGGGAACUUGGAACCAUCCCAGAAAAUGCGAAGUAUUAAGACAUUCACAAAGAACAUACCUCUUGCGGAGCUUCGGGCGUUGUUGAAGCGCGGUGAGCGCCGCAUCAUACCGCAUGUGGCGGCUGAUCGACUCUGACAAAGCAAUCGUCAAAGACCCAUAGGGCUGAAAGAGUUUACUGCUUACAUCCCCUUUGCGCACAAUGUGCUUGUUUGAGCUCUUCCCCCGUUCCUGCCUCCAAUCAGCUUCCGGAAUCGUCAGGUACAAAGGAGUGACCUGGGCAAAUAUCACGUUCAAUAUAAGAA